CGUGUCUUCCAGUUUCCAGCGCCGGUUUCCUUUCACCAUAUCCAACUAAAUGACAACUUUACCCUUCCUUGUUUUCCCUAUAGGAUAAUCGAUCACUUUCUCCGCUUCAUAUAAAACUGACAUAUCAGAGUAUCACACACAUCAUAAGUGCCAGGGGUCCAGGGUUGCCCAACCUAAUUCCUAAUCCUAUUUCUGGAUAUUCCGAGAAGUUCGCAAUUCUAGUAGCUCAAGAUUCUUCCCCAAUUUACUCAAUCUUUUCCAUAUCAAUGGAUUCAUGACGACGAAGUAGAUUGAAUUGAUAACAUCAUCGCGAUUCUGUGUGUAUUAGCUCAAUGGCUGCUACUUCAGAAACUGUUCUUCAAGUUCUAUGUAAUGCUGGGCCUAGCAAAUCCCAUACCAGAUUAUCCUCCAACAAGUCAAAUUUCUUGGGGUUAUCUAAACCUGGCUUCAAUUCUGCAAGGGCAAAAGGGUCUGGUUGCACCAAAAUAGAAAGUUCAAGGCAUAAAAACCACAGGAGGAUCUGUGCAUUUCAUAUUGUUGACCCUGUUCACCAUGGAUCAAAUCUUAAUGAUCGAUUUAGGUCUUUGAGCUGUAAAUGCCAAAAAAGUGACAGUGUUACCGAUGUGGUUAAUGAAGAACUAAACAGGAAGAUUAAUGGAAAGAUAGAUCCUCUUCUCGAUGGCAAUUUGGGUACAAAUGGAAAUGGAGCCUUUAGCAGUGUAUUACCAAAUGCUGACAUAGACUCCAAAGAGGAGGAAGCAUGGGAGUUAUUAAGAGCUUCCAUGGUUUAUUAUUGUGGUAAUCCAGUUGGAACUAUUGCUGCUAAUGAUCCAAGUGACUCUUCCAUUCUCAAUUAUGAUCAAGUCUUCAUACGUGAUUUCAUCCCAUCUGGGAUAGCUUUUCUUUUGAAAGGAGAGUAUGAUAUUGUUCGCAACUUCAUCUUACACACCCUUCAGUUACAGAGUUGGGAGAAAACUGUGGAUUGUCAUAGUCCUGGACAAGGAUUAAUGCCUGCAAGCUUUAAGGUACGUACAGUUCCACUUGAUGGUGAUGAUUCUGCAACUGAAGAUAUUUUAGAUCCUGAUUUUGGUGAAGCAGCCAUUGGUAGAGUUGCACCAGUUGACUCUGGGUUGUGGUGGAUCAUAUUGUUGCGAGCAUAUGGGAAAUGCACAGGGGAUCUUUCUGUUCAAGAAAGGAUUGAUGUGCAAACUGGAAUUAAGAUGAUUUUGAAGCUUUGUCUUGCUGAUGGUUUUGACAUGUUUCCAACUCUUUUAGUGACUGAUGGAUCAUGUAUGAUAGAUAGGCGUAUGGGAAUUCAUGGACACCCUUUGGAAAUUCAGGCAUUAUUCUACUCAGCCUUACUUUCUGCAAGGGAGAUGCUUACACGUGAAGAUGCAUCAGCAGAUUUAAUGACAGCAUUAAGCAAUCGACUUGUUGCAUUAUCAUUUCAUGUGAGAGAAUAUUAUUGGGUUGAUAUGAAAAAGCUUAAUGAAAUCUACAGAUACAAAACAGAAGAGUAUUCAUAUGAUGCAGUUAACAAAUUCAACAUUUAUCCAGAUCAAAUUCCACCAUGGUUUUUUUCUCUUGGGAAUUUAUGGUCUAUUGUGAGUAGUCUUGCAACAAGUGAACAAUCACAUGCGAUUUUGGAUCUUUAUGAAGCUAAAUGGGGAGAACUUGUUGGUGAUAUGCCAUUGAAGAUUUGUUAUCCAGCUCUUGAAGAGCAAGAAUGGAGGAUUAUUACUGGAAGUGAUCCGAAAAACACGCCUUGGUCUUACCACAAUGGAGGUUCUUGGCCAACUUUACUUUGGCAGCUGACUGUGGCAAGCAUAAAGAUGAAUAGGCCUGAAAUUGCUGAAAAUGCAGUAAAAGUUGCUGAAACACGUAUAGCAAAAGACAAAUGGCCCGAAUAUUAUGACACCAAAAGAGGAAGAUUUAUCGGGAAACAAGCUCGCCUUUUUCAAACGUGGUCAAUUGCAGGAUACAUUGUUGCAAAACAACUACUUGCAAAUCCAGAUGCUGCAAAGAUGCUUGUAAAUAUUGAGGAUAUGGAACUUGUUAACGCAUUUUCUUGCAUGCUUAGUGCGAAUCCAAGGAGAAAAAGAUCACGAAAAGGUCUCAAUCAAAGCUUCAUAAUCUAAACCGGAAUGGAAUCGGAAUAGUAAUUUGUUAUGGUAAUGGAGUUGGAGUUGGAGUAGUGUUUUGAGGUUGAUGAAAGGAAUGAGGCAUGGUAGGGAAUAGGGAUGGGGUAAUGGAAUAAGGAAGGUAAUGGAAUAAGGCAUUACAUUCCAUGAUUAUGUUUUGCUUGCUUAUAGGAAUUUCGGAUGUU